AUGCUCCUCUCCAGUCCUUGCUCAUCAACGCCUUCCUUUAGAAACGUGAUACGCAUAGGUUGUGUGACAGGUCGCGUGAUGCUAGAGGAGCAACGGGACCAGCCGGAAGGAGGGGUCUUCGUCGCGUGUCUGUCCGCCGCUCCCAAAAUGGCCUCCAACAUGGCGACCUCCGACCUGUCCGAGACAUGGAGGAACUGUUUCGAAGAGGAGCUGAUCUGCCCCAUCUGCCUGCACGUCUUCUCCGAGCCUAUCCAGCUGCCCUGCAAGCACAACUUCUGCCGGGGCUGCAUCUCCGAAGCCUGGGCUAAAGACUCCUCACUGGUCCGCUGCCCUGAGUGCAACCACGCCUACAGUCAGAAGCCUGCUCUGGAGAAGAACCACAAGCUGUCCAACAUCGUGGACAAGUUCAACGCGUUGUCUGUAGAGAAGGCCGCCUCGCCGGUGCUGCAGUGUAUUCUGUGCCGCCGUGGCCCCCCGCUCCCGGCUGUCAAGGUUUGCCUGCGCUGUAGCGCCCCCUGUUGCCAGAGCCACGUCCAGACACACCUGCAGCAGCCCUGCUCCGCCCUGGGACACCUGCUGGUGGAGGCUGAGGCAGUCAAGGCCUGGACGUGUCCUCAGCACGACGAGUACAGAUUGUACCACUGUGAGGCAGAACAGACAGCCGUGUGUCAAUACUGCUGCUUCACACGAUGCCAUCCCAGUCACGGACACGGAGUCACUGACGUGGAGCUACGCCGCAACGAUAUACGGCAAAAUCUAUUGCGGCAGCAGGAGAGGGUGGAGGAGAGAGUUCAGGACAUCGAUGAGCAGCUCUGUAAACUCGACUCUGACAAGUGUGUGGUGGAGGAUAGAGUGUGUGAGCUAAAAGAGGAGGUGCGUGUGCAGUACCAGCGGAUGCAGCACUUCUUGGAAGAAGACCUGUCCCGAACACUGGAGGUUCUAGAGCGGGCGCGUUCUAGGUUCUGCCAGGAGAACGCGGGCCAGGUUCUAGCUCUGGGAGAACAGAGACACGAGGCCCAGAAGCUGCUCAGCUCGGUCCACACGGCCUUCGGCAAGGCUGAGGAGCUGGGCUUCAUGAAGAAUACUAAACCUGUCAAGAUCCUCAUGGAGAGGUCUCAAGCGUGCGUGGGAAGUGCGCUCCCUCCCUACAAGGUGGGCAGUCUCAACUCUAAGUUGUUCCUGUCAGAACUCUCCAAGAGAGAGAAGAGCCUACGGAAAACACUGGAAGCCCCCCUAGCCCCUCCCUCCUCGUUCCUCCAGUCCGUCCAGGCGUAUCCCAGCGGCCUUGGCUCCGGGGCAGAGAAACGCAAACACUCCUCUGUGUUCCCAGAAAGCAACGGAAGCGCCGGGAAAACAUCUGCUUCCGGGUUCAAGGACUCAUCAUCCAAGCAGCCCUACCUAGGCCCAAACUCUGCCCCUGGGGAGGGCCAAUCCUCUAAUCAGCAGCCUCUGGUUCCCUGUGGCCCCUCCCACAUGAACGAAAAUGGCGGAAGUGGAAGUGGCUCUCUAACAAAUCACCAUUCAGGGUCUGUGUUUGGUCCCUCCCACUUUCCCCCUGCUGGCGGUAGCUCCUCCCAUACUUCUCAGCAGGCAGUGCUCCCCCAGUAUGGUGGGCGUAAGAUCCUGGUGUGUACCAUGGAUAAUUGCUACUGCUCUGGGGUACCCUCUGUGUCAGGCCACCGCGGCCACCCUCCCUACCCACGUUCAGGCUCCUUUCCCUGGGUAAGCACCCAGGACUACCCCCCUCCCCCUGGCCUGGCCUCUGGAGCUCCAGCCAUGCAAGGGCUGGCUGUCAGAGACUGGAUAGAUGCACAGCAGACGCACAGACACACAGACUUCUAUGGCCUGUAUGGGCAGCCCUCCACCAAGCACUAUGUCACCAGUUAACACGCAUACAUUUAUCUAUACACACACAUACUUCUACAGUCAAACGGCUCUCUACUACCCACUACGCUACUAGUUAAAUAAACGCAUGUCUACACAUGUAGACACACACAGAACCUACAUACAUACAGGUACACACAGACGUUCACUUCUACAUGUUAUACGGACAGUCCUCUGCUAAGCACCAUGUUACAACUCGUAUAGAUGCACUUACAAGCACUCUCGGGGGCGGGGUUGACAUGUAUUCGUUUUCUCUGUCAGACAGACACACAGUGUACUGUAUGAUGAUAUACGUCUCUUUGUGCAAAAACUGUUGUGCAGAAACGUUUUAGCGACAUCUCCUUCCCCGUUGUAGUGAGAUCGAUAGCCUUAUGUUAUAAUUAUUUUCCAUGUUUAUUGAACAUGGUCUGAUAACUGUAAAGAGAACAAUGGUUUAUUACUGUUACAGCUCUGGUUUUGUCUCCUCUCCUUGCUGAGUUCAGGGAUGUACUGUGCAGCUUGAACACACUCGCUCUUCCAAGUUCUCUUCUGUGUGUUGCUGGGACACCAUUUCUAUGCACUUUGGGGGGGGGGGGGGGGGUGUGUUGGGAUUUCUCUCUGUGUAGAAGUUGCUCUGUAGACAGGUCUAGGAUUAGCUACCCUCCCUGUAGACACAGGUCCAGGAUCAGCUGACCUGUCCCCCAGUCCAAACCUUAAACAUCAGUGGGUCAAAUGGCAGAAACUGUCCCUAGAUCAGGGUUUAGGGGCAACUGUAAACCUACUUCAUUAUGGACCUUCUUUAUUCCCAUUGAUCCAAAUCCCAUCAGAGAGGGGAUCCGACCCCCUUCCUUUGUGCUGCCAGGCUUCCCAUCGGAUUGAAUUCUUCCAUCUGAGAGAGCUCCUUUUUUAGUUUUAUUAAUAUACGGAUCAUGACACAAGUGAUUCCCAUAUGGCAUGUGAGUAAUCAUACCAUAUGAGCAGGUAUCAUGUUUGUCUUGAAGACAAUUGGACUCGUAGACAGGAUGGUGGCUCGGCGAGCAACUACAUGGCCUGGACUGUACUGGACAGACCAAACAAAUCAACUCAAGCAUCUGGGAGUGUGACGGUGACAAUGCGUUAAUAAUGUACUUCCUGCAGGGUGAUGUCACUUCCUUUUAACAAGCACACGCUCUUGGCUUCCUGUUUUGCAGCUGUAAGCAUGCAGGGAAGAGUUUUAUAAAGCACUCUGGAAUAAAAAAUAAAUAAAACAAGAAAUGGGAAAAUAAAAAGAUGAGUGGAAGUAAUGGUUGAGGGUUUUUUUCAUGAACUUUUUCUAAGAGAAACUGGACUGUUUGACUUAAGCAUUGGUUUAAACAAAUAUUGGAAGGGAACUGUUACAAGAACAGUUGACCAAUAGAGAAAAAAAAUGGGAGACUUUUUUUGUAAAUAUUUUGAAGUGAAAAAUAAAGGACGUCAAUUGGAGGGUUCCAAAUAAAUCAAGGCAUUUAAUUAAGUUACUUCCCUCCAUUUCUUGAUCACAACUCAAGUCUCUUCCUCUUUUCUCUUGUCGGCCUUUAUUUUCAGAUCUGUCAAGUAAAUAGUUUUACUUAUAGAUACUGAACUACACUUAUACAUUUAUGUGGAUGCUACCAUGAUGACGGACAAUCCUGGCUGAAUCGUGAAUAUUGAUGAGUGAGAAAGUUAGACGCACAAAUAUCUUACCCCCAAGACAUAACCUCCCACCAUUACAAUAAUAGGUGGUGAGCAUUUUUGGCAGGGGGGGUUAUGAUAUUUGUGUGUUUAACUUUCUCACUCAUUAUUCACGGUUCAUUCAGGAUUAUCCAUCAUGGUAGCAUCCACAUUCAUGUAGAAGUGUUUUUAAACAUAUUAUAUUCUUAUUUACAUUAGGUGACCCCAAAAUGACUACAUGAUUUACCGUUCAUUUCUUUUGGGCACUAAAUAAUCUGGAACAACCAAAACAAACAGCAUAUGCAUCCAACAAAUGUGUCGAGUCACAAGUUUGAUGUAGUCAUUGUGUGCUAUGAAUAUGGGACCAAAUACUUAACUUUUCACUACUUUAAUACACAUGUGAAUUUGUCCCAAUAUUUUUGCUCCCCCAAAAUGGGGGUGAAUAUGUACUAACAGUGAUGUAAUUUCUAAAAGGUUCACCCAAUAUGCAUGAAAAUACACUCAUUAAAGCUGACAGUCUGCACUUUAA